GGAUCCAAGCAGAGAAUGAUGAGAACCGGAAUCCGGGAUUAUUCAACAUUAAGCUUACUAAGCUGCCAUUCAUCGGGUCAAAAGUGGAUCUUGAAGUAAGUUCUCCGCGACCCUUCUUUCGCCCACGAUUUGCCGCUCACAAACACAGAGACAACACAACAACAACACACCGAAAAGCACACUUCUUGUUUCAAUUGCAGCUUUAGAUUCAAUUGUCGACCAUGACGACCUCUGCAUCCGCCCAAGAAGCGGUUGCGUACCUCAAUGAGAAGAAACCACUGGGAGCAUGGAGCGUGGAAACAAAAGGCGGUGCUGUGAUGAGACUGCUGCGGAGAAAGAUUGCCGUGACGGACAGCUACUUUUUGGAUAUUGCACACGAUCCAGCGUCGGGUUGUGUCGUUGGAAUCCUGUCCAAAGGAGCAGGAAAAGCACAGGGUCAAGUGCUCGUCGAUCGAGAUGGCAAGUUGGCGGGAUCCAAAGCCAAGAUCAUUUCCGUAUCAUCCUUUGAUCCCAAUCGAAAAAAGCCAGCUUCUUCGCGGUCGUCUACUACUACCAGGGCAUCCACCACUACAACUGCUCCCACAACCAACACGAAUACCAACAACAAUACUCUAUCAGACGAAGAAAACAAGAAAUUGAUACAAUACGCUCUCACGGCCAUUGUGGGAGUCGUCAUUUUGCGACUCAUCACACAGGCACUUUCCAUUUUGGCCAUUCUCAUUGUGCCGGCUGUGUAUUUGUAUGCUUUGCAAACAUGUCCGCACGAAUCCUCCUUUGAUGCCAAGAAGGAACUCCGACGGAUUUUACGAGGACAUCAUUUGCCCGAAAGUCAUCCCGACAAACCCAAAAACUUUUUGGAUCGAACGUUUGCCCGGGUCAGUGCUGCUGUUACCACCGAACUCGCCACGGGGUUGGGAUAUGAAGUGUCCAUGAUGAGUUUUUGGGGCGCAGCAUGGUUUACGAGUGUGCGAGUGCCCACAUCUCAACUGGACUUUUAUUGGAUUGGUGCAUUUGGUCAGUGGACGUAUGUGUACUCCAAAAAGUAUGAAACGGAGGCAUAGUGAGACCCAUGUUGGCCUGCUAUCUCUUGGCCAAGUUAUCGAUAGAAUGAAUUAUAAAAGGUAUAUGAACAAUCUACAAUAUAUAAUCGUACAGUACAGCAUACCAU